UAUUCAAUAGUAGGCCAUUACUAUAACAGUACAAACGGUUUAUUUUCUGAUAAUGAACGGCUGACUGUGCGCUCUCUCUUACACAAUUCCAUAAUUGUCUUUUAUGAACAGGGAGUAUUUCAAUACACUCUUGAAACAGUGGUGGGCUUCCUGGUGCCAUAUGUGAUCAUAGUCAGCAGUUAUGCGUGUAUCCUUCGCCGCCUCAGACAGACCAUGUUCAAGAGAAGGAUACGGAGUGAGAACCUUAUUCAAGCCAUUAUUGUGACGUUCUGCAUUUUUUGGCUUCCUUACCACUGUAUUAAUAUAGUGCAAGUGGCAGCAGCUCUUACGUCAGAUGGAUCACUCAAAAAGAGACUGGAUAACAUCUGGCAGUCCAGCCGUGCGGUUAUGUCUGCUUUGGCUUUUAUCAGUAGUUGUGCCAAUCCUGUCCUAUAUGCCUUUGCUGGACGCUCCUACAUCAAAGCUGAUGGCUUGGCAUUCAUGGCCAGACUCUUUGAGGGCACUGUCCUGGACUAUGGUGCACGGAGAAGCCGUCAGAACGGAGAUGUCAUCAGACUCUAAACCUCAU